UUGGCCCCCCGCCCCUCCCUCGCCCUGCUUCCCAAAUCCGUCCCAGUCCCCGCCUGGGUACCAGCGAAUGCCCGGAUCCAGAUCCCAACCCAGGCGCCCCCUCCAGCCUCAGUCCCAGGCCCUGGCCUGGCCCCCAUCCCCGCCUCUGCCCUUGUUCCACCUCCUCUCACAAAUCCCAGCCCAGCCCCUGUCCCAAUCCCAUCCCCAGUGUUUGUUUAAGCCCAGGGCCCAAACCUUGCCCUUACUCCAGUCCCCAUCGCAGCCUCUUCCAUCCCAUCCCCUGCCCUUGCUCAAACCCUCCUGCCCAGCCCAGCCCAACCCGUUAUCUCAGCCUUUGCCCUCAUCUCUGUAUUUACCCAAGUCUCUCCCACUACCCACCCCUCUGUCUCACACCCUGCCCCUCUCCCAGCCUCGACUCAGGACUGGGCUCCAGCUGCCACCAGCCCUGUUGCUGCUGUUGCUGUUUUCUGUCCUUGGCCCAGGGGCUGGAGGCCUCUUCCUGACGGAUUACUCCACCUGCUCACCUCGCAAGCUGAGUCCUUUCCGCUCCUUUGCCAGCACUGAACUCUUCCACUUCCAUGUUCCUGAGGACACAUUCCUGGCUGUUUGGAACCUCAUCAUCUUCAAGGAGCAGGGGGGAUCCUUUGGGGACCACUGCCCAGACCAAAGUGUGACUGUGUAUUUCCGGUCCGGGGCACCCCCUGUCAUCAAUCCCCUGCACACACACUUCCCAGGGGACACAGCUGUGCCUGGGGUUUUCUCACUGACCCUCAGCUGGACACUGCCCAACCGCACUUCAGGCAUCUUUAACGUCAGCAGCCCCUUACCUGGGGACUGGUUCUUGGCAGCCCACCUUCCCCAGGCCCAUGGCCACAUCUCUGUCAAGGGUCUCCAGGAUGAGUGUCAGUACCUCCUUCAGCCGCAGCUGAUUGUCCGGCGUUUACUGGAUGUUGCUGUGUUGGUGCCUGGCCGUCCCUCAGAGCAAACUCUCUCUCCCCACAAUCACUCAGCCCUAUAUAAGGUCUUUGUGCCCAGCUUCACUUACAGGGUUUCAGCACAGCUGGUGUGUAUGGGGGGCCGUGGGGCAUCCGCCUGCCCCCUGACACUUCGCCUACGUCCCAAGGCCCCACCCCUGCACAACUCAAGCUCUGUGGCAUGUGGAGGUGCCUCAGUAUGCCAGCUGGAGCUAGCACUGCCCCCUUGGGGGCGCUGGGUCUACGUGCGUGUGGAGACAUCUCGGGGCUCUGGCAGGACCAUCCGCUUCCAGCUGUGUGUGCGGUUGCAAGAGUGCCCGAAGCCCAGCCUGUCCCGUGCCCUGGUCCCUGGAGCUGCCAUGAACAUGCCCCAGUCGCUGGGCAAUCAACCACUGCCCCUAGAGCCACCAUCCGUUGGGGCUCCUGUGGAAGCGCCUGGGGUCAGAUCUCCACCUGAGCACUGCUGGCCAGUGCGCCCGACUCUGCGCAAUGAGCUGGAUACCUUCUCCAUCCAUUUCUACAUCUUCUUUGGCCCCAGCGUGGCCCUGCCCCCUGAGCGCCCCGCUGUGUUUAGCCUGAGGUUGCUGCCAGUGCUGGACAGCGGAGGUGUCCUUAGCCUGGAGCUCCACCUCAAUGCGAGCUCCCUGCGCCAGGAAAAUGUGACGGUGUUUGGAUGCCUGACUCACGAGGUGCCCUUGAGUCUGGGGGAUGCAGCAGUGACCUGUUCCAAAGAGUCCCUGGCUGGCUUCCUCCUCUCGGUCAGCGCCACCUCCAGAGUGGCCAGGCUGCGAAUCCCGUUCCCGCAGACCGGGACCUGGUUCCUGACCCUCCGCUCCCUGUGCGGGGCGGGGCCUCGGUUUGUGCGGUGCCGGAACGCCACUGCCGAGGUGCGGCUGCGCACCUUCCUGUCCCCGUGCGUGGACGACUGCGGGCCCUACGGGCAGUGCAAGCUGCUGCGCACGCACAACUAUCUGUACGCGGCCUGCGAGUCGCCCGCAGGGUGGCGGGGCUGGGGCUGCACCGACAGUGCCGACGCGCUCACCUACGGAUUCCAGCUGCUGUCCACACUGCUGCUCUGCCUGAGCAACCUCAUGUUUUUGCCACCUGUGGUCCUGGCCAUUCGGAGCCGAUAUGUUCUGGAAGCUGCUGUCUACACGUUCACCAUGUUCUUUUCCACGUUCUACCAUGCCUGUGACCAGCCAGGAAUUGUGGUUUUCUGCAUCAUGGACUAUGAUGUACUACAGUUUUGUGAUUUCCUGGGCUCCUUAAUGUCCGUGUGGGUCACUGUCAUUGCCAUGGCUCGUUUACAGCCUGUGGUCAAGCAGGUGCUGUAUUUGCUGGGGGCUAUGCUGCUGUCAAUGGCUCUGCAGCUUGACCGACAUGGACUCUGGAACCUGCUUGGACCCAGUCUCUUCGCCCUGGGGAUUUUGGCCACAGCCUGGACAGUACGUAGCGUCCGCCGCCGGCACUGCUACCCACCCACGUGGCGCCGCUGGCUUUUCUACCUGUGCCCAGGCAGCCUUAUUGCAGGCAGUGCCAUCCUACUCUAUGCUUUCGUGGAGACCCGAGACAACUACUUCUACAUUCACAGCAUUUGGCAUAUGCUCAUCGCUGGCAGUGUGGGCUUCUUGCUGCCCCCUCGUGCCAAGACUGACCACAGGGUGCCAUCUGGAGCCCGGGCCCGGGGCUGUGGUUACCAGCUAUGCAUCAAUGAGCAGGAGGAACUGGGCCUUGUGGGCCCAGGAGGGGCCCCUGUCAGCAGUAUCUGUACCAGCUGAGAGGGGCUUUGGGCCUGGCCCUUGGGGAACAUGAAUCCUUCCCAGGGGCAGAGAGCCCUUCCUGGGGUUUUCCCAGGCAGCGUGGAGCCUUCCCAGGGAUGAAAGACAAGUUGUGUUUCUUGAGGACUUGGCCUUUCUUGACAUGGAAUCUUCCAGGGACCUGGCAUACUUCCUGAGGGCCUGGAGUCAUCCUGCAUCCACGGAGUCCUUCAGAACUAUAGCCUGUGCAGGGCCACAGAGCCCUUUCAGGACCAAGCAGUCCCUCCUAGGGUGUGGAGCCCCUCCCAGGGAUGUGGAGCCUUCCUGAGGACAUAGGUUCCUUCCUGGGAAGACAAAGCCCUCCCAGGACAUGUCAUCAUUCCUGAGGAAGUGGAGGUCAUUUUGGGGAAACUGAGUCUCCACAUCUUCCCAGCAGCUCAGCAACUCUGGCCUCAGGCCUCCUUCUCAGAAGCAGAUUCUGGGCUGUGCUACGCUGGGAGGGGAACUGCAGGACAGAUGGGGCUGGGACUGGGGCUGGUAUUCUGAGCUGAUGCAGGUGGAGUCUGGUGUCUCUCCAAUGAAGCAUUUGCUGGUUCCA